AGUCAGUUGUCUUACCACUAAACAUUCGACUCUUUGUCGACACAUAUCUUUUUUAUACGAAAUUCAUUUGAGAUUUUCAACCAAAGAUGGUUUACACAAUGUCUUGAAAAGUAAACAAACUGGGUGUUAUCGGGAACUUUCUUUUGAUGGUCGUCGGACGACCUGAUAAUGUCAGAGUACGAUCUUCAGUUCCAAGCGGACUUGGAGAAGGCGCAGGCACUGAGUUUAGAAAGCCUAGCGCUCGAGCAAUUUCGGAGAAAGAAACAACUGAGCGGAGGUGAAAACUAUAAUGUCAACGCCAGCGCCAGUGCCCGCCGGCGCGAGGAGACGGAAGGACCUCCGCCCGCGCUGCCGCCGCCCCCGCGCCGCCCGUCACGAGGGCGAACGAGCACGGACACUUCCAAAUCUACAAGCACAAGUCCUACUAGGAGCGAAAGCAGCGACCUCAUAUCAUUUGCAAGCCCCACGAGCAAGACGGCCCCCAAGGACCCGCACGCGUCUCUCAAAGAGUACAUCGAACAGUUUACCAGCGUAACCCAGCAGACGCAAGAACUAGCACUAACCACAACAAAUCAGCCAGCAACCAUGAACAAUCACUACUACAACCAGCGCCCCGGCUUCCCCCCAUACCCCUACAACCAACCCCCAUAUAACCAAUACCCACCCUUCCAGUCCCCCCCAUAUCCGAGCUCUCCCUACGGCAUGCCCACACCUAUGACCCCACCUUACCCUUACUACCCUCCUGAAACACCUUACACCGCUCCAAGGUUCACUAACGUACCCUAUAAUCAAACUAGAUUAUCAUCCCCAGCACCUUACGUCGGAUACCCGCCUUCCCCUCACACGCCUAUAUACAAUUAUAACACAACCAAUAUGAUCUCCCGACCUACGCGGCCGACACCGAGCAUAUACCCGCAGUUGAGCCAAGCGCAUAGCUACCCGCCUAUGCAGGCUGGUACUGUUAAUUCAACUGGUACUGGUAAUAGUACUGAAGUGAAAGAAAUGGUUGAUAGCAGUAAGGUUAGGAAAACGUCGGAAGUCAGCAAUGGGUCGAACGAAUCCGCGGACACUGUCGGCAGCCUCCCUCACUCGAACCUGAUCGACUUCGGCCGCAAGGGCCAAGGUAGCGUGAGAGUCAGUGUGUUAGAGGCUUUCGAUCCGCUACUAACUGAGCCCAGUAGCCCGGAAUAUGCCGUCGCUAGCGAAGGCUCCGGCAGCGUAUACGAAGAGUACGACCCUUUAGACUUUCUCUACGGCGAGACAGAGAUGCGAGAGACGCCGGUAUACGGGAAGAUCGAUAGAAGGAAAGAGAGCGCUAUAUUGCCGUCGCCUCCGCCUAAGAACAUACCUAGCGUGCCGGCCGUCGUUAAGAGGACCACUACUAACAAAUUGUACGACUGCAUAGUGAAAUGUAGGACGAGAAACAGUGAUAGCGAGCACAAAGCGUUUUUAAAGAUGGUGUUAGAUGUAAGAAAAAGAUUCGUCCAUUCUGACCACGCGAGCAACCCCGGGCACGUGGUAGCGGCCCGCUCGGGAGGGAAGUACCCUCCUAACACUAGUAUCAAGAUUCUAGUCCAUCACAACCAUUCGGAAGAACCUAUCACUUUCACAUCUGAUGUGGAGUCGACUGUGGAACAUGUGAUAUUGACCGUAGUUUGUUCACUCGACGAAAAUACAAGAGAUGAUAUGUCUCAAUAUAUGUUAAGAGUAUGGGGUGCCAAAGAAUACCUAACGCCAGGCAGCUCGCUAAGCGAGUACGACUAUAUACGCGAGUGCGUUAGGCUAGAGAAGGACGUAAGAUUAUGCCUUCACGAAGGCAAGGACCGGGCGUUGGCUAGGACAGAAAGAGACGACGCUAGGGACGCGCAUCUGUCUUUAGAUGAGUUGAUUCCUGUGCAAGGAGCGGCGCCGUUACUGUCUUUUGAUAAUUUGUCUAUUUUGCUUGAAACUCUAGAAGGCGAGCUAUCACGCGCAGUAGGCGUAGUAGGCGCCGAAGGCACUUGCUCACCCAAAGCAGUCUUUCAAGCCGUCAAGGCUAUCUGUGCUUUAGCGGAAGGAGUGGAAACUCUACAUGUGACUCACACGCUUAACGCGUUCGCGCAAGCAGCUACGGGUGCAUCGGGCACCAACAACCUCAUAACCCCAGAGAUCCAAGCGGACACUGGCCAAUACUGCUCCGUGUCCAUCCGCUCCGCGACCGCCCGCGAGACCGUGCAGCACCAGUGCAACCGCGUGCGAGACGCCGUCCGCUCGCUCAUAGCGCUCUACACUAGGACCAGGUUAUUGGACUUCCAGCUAGCCGACUCGCACUUGAUCCCGCAGGGUGCUUCUGAUAAAGCGACGCCCGCCUACAAAAUGACAGAAACGACACUAUUCUGCAUAGAGGCGGUCCACCGUCUACCACCUAGUUGGAACCACGAAGAUUACGUGUUCCACGCCCACGUGCACUACGGUACGAGACCGUUGAAGACGCUCCGGCUUACGCAAACUUCUAGAAUUGAUAGCGCUGGGUUCUAUCAGAGGAUCAUAUUUGAUACUUGGUUGAACCUAGAAGACGUCCCAAUAAGCCAACUCCCCCGCGAAGCGCGUCUCGUGCUAUCACUGUACGGCCGCACUCGUCGUCCGGACGACGCGCACAACGAGACCGACAACGACAAACAGAACAACGACAACGACGACGUAUUGUAUGAUCAAGUGGAGCUGGGCUGGGCUAGUAUACAGCUGUUCGACUUUGAUGGAAUGCUGGCGUCCGGGUCGUACGUGCUGCCGCUGUGGCCGGCGUGCUGCGACCGCCGCCUCGGCCCCGCGCCGCACCCCAUGGACGUGCCGCCCGAGCCCUUCCCCGUUGUAAAUAUUGAAAUCCCAUCGUACAUCAACUACGGCGUGCGCUGGACGGCCGGCGAGAUAGAAAAGUCCAUAACAGACCCGUUGCCAGCUUUUGACUCGCUGGACGGCCAUACACAAUCCCAAUUGUUACAUCUUAUUGAGCAGGGCGCGUAUCAGAGGAUGCCUACCGACUGUAGGGAGGUGAUGUGGGAGAAACGCCAAUACCUCGUCGAGUUACCAGGCGCUUUACCACUAGUGUUACUAGCAGCCACAAACUGGUACGGCGAGCACCGCGCACAGCUCGUCAACCUGCUGCGGCGAUGGGAGAAACCGUCGCCGCUCAACGCCAUGCACUUGCUGCUGCCCUGUUUCCCCGACUCUGAAGUGCGAGAAACAGCGACAAGUCUCCUCAACGCGAUGUCGGACGAUGACCUCUGCCGCGUCCUCCCACAGUUGACACAAGCUUUACGACACGAGACCUACUUGACUAGUCCUCUAGCUGAACUAUUGUUGUCAAGAGCUUUAGCGGCGCCGGCGGUAGCUCACAGAUUAUUCUGGCUGCUUGUCCAUUCACUACCAAAUGUUCCACAGGCACCAAGUCAAGAGUUCCUAGGUAUCACUCUAGAAGACAACGCGACCGAGCCGCAGGAAGCCGUUGAAUGCGUGACUGCAACGUGGAGAUAUCGACUUAUGUUAAGGGCUCUGCUAGCGGUGUGUGGUGAACAACUUACACGAACUCUAGUCAGACAACAGUUGUUAGUGAAGACGUUAUCCGAAGUGGCAUUAUCAGUAAAAGCCGCUAAAGACGGCGGCCGCGCUCGCGCCCUCAGCACCGGCGGCGAGAAACUUGCCGCUCUACUGCGCGCCGAACCAGCCGCUCUACCGCUCGCUCUACACCAAUACGUUCACGAUGUCGAUGUCAAGUCGUGUAUGUACUUCAAUUCGAAUACUCUACCUCUCAAAAUUAAUUUUAUCGGAUGUGACAACGCUAUCGUUCCUGCCAUGUUUAAGAUCGGCGAUGACUUACGCCAAGAUGCCCUAGUGCUUCAAGUAAUGAAAGUAAUGGAUAGCCUGUGGCUCAAAGCCAAUUUGGACCUCCGGAUGGUCACCUUCCAAACACUGCCCACAAGCGAUAGGAGAGGCAUGAUAGAAAUAGUAGCAGAGGCGGAAACUCUCCGAGCCAUCCAGACGGAGUGGGGCCUCACGGGCUCGUUCAAAGAUAAACCCAUCGCGGAGUGGCUCGCCAAGCACAACCCCUCGGAGCUCGAGUACCAGCGGGCCAGAGACAAUUUCACCGCUUCGUGCGCUGGCUACAGCGUAGCGACAUAUCUCCUCGGAAUAUGCGACCGACACAACGAUAACAUCAUGUUGAAGACAUCGGGCCAUCUGUUUCAUAUAGACUUUGGCAAGUUCUUGGGCGACGCGCAGAUGUUUGGCAACUUUAAGAGGGAUCGUGCACCAUUCGUCCUAACAAACGACAUGGUCUACGUGAUCAAUGGAGGGGACCGUCCCACGCAACGGUUCCAGCAUUUCGUCGAGCAAUGCUGUAUGGCGUUCAACGUUAUUCGACAGCACCACGACCACAUAUUAGAUCUGUUCGCUUUGAUGGCGGCCUCCGGCGUCCCCGGGUUAACGUCGACGGCGGUGAGCUACGUGCGCGCGGCGCUCAUGCCCGACGCCACCAACGCCGAAGCCGCUGCCGCCUUCGCCCGCCUCAUACACUCAUCGCUCAAGAGCAGGUUCACGCCCAUAAACUUCUUCCUGCACAACCUGGCGCAGUUCCGAGCGAGCGGCGACACCAGCAACAGCUCCUCAGAACUGUUGUCCUUCAUGCCAAGGACUUACACGAUGGCCCAAGAAGGCCGCCUAGUCAGCGUGGAAUGUCUCGGCUUCGAGAAACGAUACGACCCUGAAAAGCACUACGUCUACGCUCUACGGAUCUAUAGACAGGGCCAAGCCACGCCGUCCGUAUUAUACCGAUCAUAUAAGCACUUUACCGAGCUCUAUCAGAAGAUUUGUCUGCACUUUCCGCUGGCUAAAGUUCACAGCUUGCCUUCGGGCCUCCACGUAGGGCGGUCAAAUAUACGCCAAGUCGCCGAGCGCCGUUUCGGCGACGUGCAAGCGUUCCUAACCUCACUCUUCAGUCUCGCGGACGAAAUCGCUCACUCCGACCUGGUGUAUACGUUCUUCCAUCCGCUGUUGAGAGACCAGCAAGAUGUUGAACCACAAAGGAUGAAGCAUAGAGGCGAAUCCGUGGAAGCUGAAAACACUGGGUCCGGCUCACUAAAGAUGUCCGUCCAGUACGCGGGCGGAGUGUUGUCCGUGCUCAUACUGCACGCGCAGUCGCUCGCCGCCACGGCGCAGGGCAUCCCGCCUAACCCUUACGUCAAGGUGUACCUAGUACCGGACCCAACCAAAGAAACGAAGCGGAAAACGCGCGUCCUCAAACGCAACUCCCACCCCUCCUUCAUGGAGAUGCUGGAAUACCGGCUGCCCAUAGAUGUAGUGCAGAACCGGUGUCUACAAGCCACGGUGUGGCACUACGACUCAUUACAGGAAAACACAUUCCUCGGCGGAGUGACGAUCCCCCUAAAUACCCUGCCCCUCCGACAGGAGACCGUGGCGUGGUACCCGCUGGAGUACAUCCCACGGUAGCUGCUGCUCGCCGGCUCCGCGCUGUGGACCGCUAGAUAGGACAGUGACCAACAUUGGUGCAUCCUAGAACUACAUCAUCUUACUGCCUGUAGAUUGUAGGCCUAAAGACGUUACCCGUCCUGUCGGACCUCUCUUGUCAGAGACCGUGGCGUGGUACCCGCUGGAGUAUAUCCCACGGUAGCUGCUGCUCGCCGGCUCCGCGCUGUGGACCGCUAGAUAGGACAGUGACCAACAUAGGUGCAUCCUAUAGAACUACAUCAUUUUACUGUGUAGAGUGUAGGCCUAAAGACCCUACCCCUCCGACAAGAGACCGUGGCGUGGUACCCGCUGGAAUACAUCCCUCGGUAGCUGCUACUCGCCGGCUCCGCGCUGUGGACCGCUAGAUAGGACAGUAACCAACAUAGGUGCAUCCUAUAGAACUACAUCAUCUUACUGUGUAGAGUGUAGGCCUAAAGACCCUACCCCUCCGACAAGAGACCGUGGCGUGGUACCCGCUGGAGUUCAUCCCACGGUAGCUGCUGCUCGCCGGCUCCGCGCUGUGGAACGCUAUACUCUGUAUCUUUAGGUACUUAAAUAAAUAUUACAAAUAUAAUAAUAUGAAUAUGAAUAAAAGUAAACAAAGAAUUUGUACAUUUUCGGGUAGUUAUAACAUUUAUUGAUUAACCAAACAAAUACAAAACCACCUGGAUCUGUCACUGAACGACCUGACUUUAACCGACAUUAUUUGAUCAUGUAAUGUUUUCAUCUACCCUCAACUGGCUUAAGGAGCCAUUUGAGGGUAGAUUUUGUUUACUCUUUUUUAAAUACCUAAAGAUACAAACUAUAGACUAUUUACU